AUGUCGCUCUCUCCCGAUACCCGCGAUCAGUAUGUCCCGAUCAUUGACUCAAUCCUGUCGAAAAGUGAUCUCAAUACGAUCUCCGAAAAACGGAUCCGUAAAGGACUACAGGAAGUGGUCGGCUAUGAUCUUACUCCGCAGAAGGCUGCGAUCAAGCAGCUGAUCAUGGAAAGGUUCGACAUCUUCGCCGAACAGGGGGGGUUAGGCGCUUCCCCAGAAGAAGCGACCGCCCGGUCGACCAAUGGCCACGGAAAUGAUCAGGACUCACUGACACCCGCCGAACCCUCGUCUCCCGCGCAGUCGUCGCUGUCGCAGAAACGCCAGGCGGAUAGCGAGGAACGUUCCGAUCAAUCCAGCAAGACACCCCCAGCCAAGAAGAAAAAGCAGGACAACGACGUCGACGCGGACGCUAUCUUCGCGGCGAAGCUACAGGCGGAGGAAAACAUGCGUGCGCGUACUACUCGAGGUUCGAGCACGCGUAGGGCACCACCAACGAAAAAGAAGACCAAGACCAAAACAUCCAAGAAAAUCAAAGCGGAGGACGAUUCGGACCUCGAAUCAGGGUCAGACUCCGGCAAGAAAGUUAACCGCUCUGGCGGAUUCCAUAAACCUCUCGCAUUGUCGCCUGCACUAUCCGCGUUACUGGGUGGCGAGGAGACACUUUCGCGUCCUCAGACGGUCAAGAAACUUUGGCAGUAUAUUCAUGAGCACGACCUUCAAGAUCCUAGUGACCGGCGUCAAAUCCGGUGUGACAACGCGAUGCGUGCCGUCUUCAAGCAAGACCGUAUUCACAUGUUUACGAUGACCAAAAUCCUCAGUCAGAACUUGUAUAACCAGGAUGAAUAG